CAUCCCUGAGAGAAGAGCUCGGCCGGGCCGCGUUGCUGUCGGGGCGCGCUCCGCACGCCAGCGCGCACCCAAGCAAGCCUCCGCCUUGCGCGCCGGCGGAGUUGGACGCUGCUUUUCUCACGUUUGCUUGGAAAACAAUCGCGGAGUAGCGACGACGCCUGCCGCCGCCAAUAGCAACGCACCUCGCUUGGAGCGAAAGUCUGGCUCAGGAGAGGGAGGGGGAAGAGACUGGGGAAAGCCGCGCUCUCCCCUCCCCUCCCUUCCCCUCGUUCGGAGCAUCUUGUACAAACAGAAAGGCUGGUUGGUGGCUGCUGCUGCUUCUCUCCUCUCCCCUCCGGAAUCCUCCGGCGGUAGCUGAUCCGCUGCCUCGAUGCCCCUUUCCUCGGAAGCAAGUCCCACGGUGUCCAAUGGGAUUCGCUCCCCAAGAGAAAAGAGCUGUUCUUCCCAGCAAGACUUUCUAAGAUGUGAUCUUGGUUAAUAAGAAAGAAAAGUUUCCCAGGACACCCAAAUAGUAAAUUGUUUGUCUACUUGGAUAAGUGCUUCUUGGAUGGUAGUUCUAUAUAAUGGCAAAGCCAUAUGAAUUUAACUGGCAGAAGCCAGUUCCAUCCUUUCUACAAGAUGGAGCUGUGUUUGACAGAUAUGAAGAGGAAUCUUUUGUUUUUGAACCAAACUGUCUCUUCAAAGUGGAUGAAUUUGGUUUUUUUCUAACAUGGAAAAGUGAAGGAAAGGAAGGGCAAGUUUUAGAAUGCUCUCUGAUCAACAGUAUUCGCUUUGGAGCAGUACCAAAGGAUCCAAAAAUAUUAGCUGCUCUUGAGGCUGUUGGCAAGGCAGAAAAUGAACUGGAAGGAUGUAUAGUGUGCGUCUGUAGUGGCACAGAUCUGGUGAACAUCAGCUUCACGUACAUGGUGUCAGAAAGCACCGAAGAAGCAAAGCAAUGGGUUGAUGGACUCAGCUCAAUCAUACGUAACUUUAGAGCUAACAAUGUCUGUCCCAUGACAUGCCUCAAGAAGCACUGGAUGAAACUGGCAUUUCUGACGAACACUAAUGGCAAGAUUCCAGUUAGAAGCAUUACCAGAACUUUUGCAUCAGGUAAAACCGAAAAAGUGAUCUUUCAGGCACUUAAGGAAUUGGGUCUUCCCAGUGGAAAGAAUGAUGAAAUAGAACCUUCAGCUUUUACUUAUGAGAAAUUUUAUGAACUGACUCAGAAGAUAUGUCCUCGAACUGAUAUAGAAGAUCUUUUUAGGAAAAUCAAUGGAGACAAAACUGAUUAUUUAACGGUAGACCAAUUAGUGAGCUUUCUAAAUGAACAUCAACGAGAUCCUCGGCUGAAUGAAAUUUUGUUUCCAUUCUAUGAUCCCAAAAGAGCAAUGCAGAUAAUUGAGACAUAUGAGCCAGAUGAAGAUUUAAAAAGCAAAGGUCUUAUGUCAAGUGAUGGCUUUUGCCGGUACUUGAUGUCAGAUGAGAACGCGCCUGUCUUCCUAGACCGUUUAGAGCUAUACCAAGAAAUGGAACAUCCUUUGGCUCACUACUUCAUUAGUUCCUCCCACAACACGUAUCUCACAGGAAGACAGUUUGGUGGGAAGUCAUCUGUGGAGAUGUAUAGACAAGUCCUCUUAGCUGGAUGCAGAUGUGUUGAACUCGAUUGCUGGGAUGGAAAAGGUGAAGACCAGGAACCAAUAAUAACACAUGGAAAAGCAAUGUGUACAGACAUCCUUUUCAAGGAUGUGAUUCAAGCCAUUAAGGAAACAGCAUUUGUAACAUCUGAGUAUCCUGUCAUACUGUCAUUUGAAAAUCACUGCAGCAAAUAUCAACAAUACAAAAUGUCAAAAUACUGUGAAGAUAUUUUUGGAGAUCUUCUAUUAAAGCAGCCACUCGAAACAUAUCCACUUGGACCAGGAAGGCCCUUGCCUUCCCCAAAUGAUCUUAAAAGAAAAAUCCUGAUUAAAAACAAAAGAUUGAAACCUGAAGUGGAAAAAAAACAGCUUGAAACUUUGAAAAGUAUGAUGGAAGCUGGUGAAACUGCUGCUCCUGUUAGCAUCUUGGAGGAUGAUAAUGAAGAAGAGAUAGAAAGUGGUGACCAAGAAGAAGAAGCCCAUCCAGAGUACAAAUUUGGAAGUGAACUCUCUGCAGAUGACUUGAGCCAAAAAGAAUCUGUGGUCAACAGUGUGAAAAAGGCCGUGGACGAUUCUGAACAAGAAAACAAUAAAAAGGGUGUCAUAACUGCAGAAGAUGAGCAAGCAUGGAUGGCUUCUUACAAAUAUGUGGGUGCCACAACUAAUAUACACCCAUACUUGUCAACGUUGAUCAACUAUGCUCAGCCUGUUAAGUUUCAAGGUUUCCAUGUGGCAGAAGAACGCAACAUUCACUACAAUAUGUCCUCUUUUAAUGAAUCUGUCGGGCUUGGUUAUUUGAAAACACACGCAAUUGAGUUUGUGAACUAUAAUAAACGGCAAAUGAGUCGGAUAUACCCAAAGGGAGGCAGAGUGGAUUCCAGCAAUUACAUGCCUCAGAUUUUCUGGAACGCUGGAUGCCAGAUGGUCUCACUCAACUACCAGACCCCAGAUUUAGCAAUGCAAUUGAAUCAGGGAAAAUUUGAAUAUAACGGGUCAUGUGGGUUUCUUCUUAAACCAGAUUUUAUGCGACGUCCUGAUCGAACCUUUGACCCUUUCUCUGAAACUCCUGUAGAUGGUGUUAUUGCAGCAACUUGUUCAGUACAGGUAAUAUCUGGCCAGUUUUUAUCAGACAAAAAAAUUGGUACUUACGUAGAAGUGGAUAUGUAUGGGCUUCCCACUGACACGAUACGUAAAGAAUUCCGAACACGGAUGGUGAUGAACAAUGGUUUGAAUCCUGUUUACAAUGAAGAAUCAUUUGUAUUCCGAAAGGUCAUUUUGCCAGACCUUGCAGUAUUGAGAAUAGCCGUUUAUGACGACAACAACAAGCUGAUUGGCCAAAGGAUAUUGCCUCUAGAUGGUCUUCAGGCAGGUUACAGACACAUUUCCCUUCGAAACGAAGGCAACAAACCAUUAUCUCUGCCAACAGUGUUCUGCAACAUUGUGCUCAAAACAUAUGUUCCUGAUGGUUUUGGAGACAUAGUGGAUGCCUUGUCAGAUCCAAAAAAAUUUUUAUCUGUCAUGGAGAAAAGAGCAGACCAGAUGAGGGCUAUGGGGAUUGAAACAAGUGAUAUAGCUGAUGUCCCAAGUGACACGUCAAAGAAUGAUAAGAAAAGCAAAGCUAAUAAUCCCAAAGCAAAUGUUACUCCUCAGACUAGCUCUGAACUUAGACCAAAUACCACUUCUGGAGUAGGACCUGGAAUGGAAGCUAAGAAAGGUAUAGAUCUUAUCCCUCAAAUAAAGAUAGAGGACUUAAAGCAAAUGAAGGCAUAUAUAAAGCAUUUGAAAAAACAGCAAAAAGAGCUAAAUGCUUUGAAGAAGAGACAUGUAAAGGAGCACUGUGUUAUGCAGAAGUUGCACUGCACACAAGUUGACAAAAUAGUAGCACAGUACGACAAAGAGAAGUUAGCUUAUGAGAAAAUCCUUGAGAAAGCAAUCAAGAAAAAGGGAGGAAAUAAUUGCCUUGAGAUAAAGAAGGAAAUAGAAGAUAAAAUUCAGAUAUUAACAUCAGAUCACAAAUCUAAGGUAAAAGAAAUAGUGGCGCAGCACACAAAAGAGUGGUCUGAGAUGAUCAACACACACAGUGCUGAAGAGCAAGAAAUGCGUGAUUUCCAUCUUAGCCAGCAGUGCGAGUUACUGAAAAAGCUGCUAAUUAAUGCUCAUGAACAGCAGACCCAGCAAUUGAAGCUUUCACAUGACAGGGAAAGCAAAGAAAUGCGUGCCAACCAAGCAAAGAUUUCUAUGGAAAACAGUAAAGCCAUAAGCCAAGAUAAAUCUAUCAAAAACAAAGCUGAAAGAGAGAGGCGUGUCAGGGAACUGAACAGUAGCAACACAAAGAAGUUUCUGGAGGAGCGAAAACGAUUGGCAAUGAAGCAAUCAAAGGAAAUGGAUCAACUGAAAAAAGUUCAACUUGAGCAUCUAGAAAUUCUGGAGAAACAAAACGAACAGCUUUUGAAAUCCUGCCAUGCAGUCUCCCAAAGUCAAGGCGAAGGAGAUGCAGCAGAUGGUGAAGCUAGAAGCAGAGAUGGACCGCAGGCCAGCAACAGUGGUAUAACACUCCAACAUGCAAACUGAAGUCUAAAAAUCCAGUAUUUCUUUUGUAUUUCCAAAGCUAAUUCAUUAAGGAUGGAAAGGUGGUUUCUCUUCUACUUAGUAUCAAGCAAGGGUAGCUGCAAAUCACUCAUGAAGAGCAUAGAAUUUUUUGUAACAUUUGGAGUACUGUAUUUUAUUUUUAGCAACAUGUUUCUAAAAAAACCAGUGAUUUUAAAAUCCUGUCCAGUUCAGAAAAAUGCUCCCCUUUACAAUGAGAUGUUAGUGUGUGUAUCAGGGCACAGGAUCAGACCAGUCCAAUACAGCAACACAUUUUUUUCUUGAAUAACUGCACUUGUCUGUUAUUAACUUAUAUUGAUAUUUCAUAUUACACUUUGCCUGGGCUUCCUUCACUUUUGAGAGUGAACCAGGUGAUCCCAGGAACCCUCAGCAUCCUGACGCAAGAGCCUUUGAAGAAGGACACUUGAUCAUUUUUUAAAAAGUAACUCGCAAUAAAUUUGAAACUGUAACUAUCUUUCCUGAAAUAAAUUGUCUUAACUUUUUUUUACCAUGAGGACAACCUGGAACUACCAAAUUUAAUAAAGUUGAAAAUCAAAAUAAUGUAUUGGGAACAAACUAUCUUUAAACUUAAUAGAGUAGGUGAACAUGCGGUAUGAAAGCUGUGCAGGUUAUUUCUGUAUUCAGAAUUAUGUCAUCAGCAAGUAUGAAGUUGACCUUGUCUGGAUUGAAGCUGAUAUUUUGUACAAUGCUGCUGAAAAGAUUGCCAAGUGGCAAAAGGUGGUCCUGGUGCCAAAUCUACUUAUUAUGGUAAAAGUAAAGGAACUGUAUUGUAGGCACUUUAACAAACGUUUACAUCCUACCUAACAGUUGCAUUUUGAUCCAUUUGUUACCAAUCCCAAACACUACAGCUGAUUGUAUCUUAAAAUUUGUUAAAUAGCUGAUGCAGGGGCAAUUUGUAAAUGUGAAAAUGUAAAGUAUUUAUACCCAUGCAGUCACACUAUUGUAGAAGAUCACAUUCCUGUUUCUGCAUUAACAACAGUAGUAAGCAAAAAUCUGUGUGCAUGUGGGACAAAAACCUGGUUUUUUUCAGUGAAUACUGUAUGACCGCACAGUCAUUCUCUUACUGGUAAACAAAUACAGAGUCAGUGUAUGAUACAGAAUAUUUGAUUAACUAACAAAACGUAAGUAUAUAUAUAAAUAUAUGUGUAUAUGAAUUAUGUGGGCAUUCUUAAUACUUCAAGUUCUAGUUGAAAAAGAAAGUAUAUUAAUUUAAUUUUACACAAUAUAUUUAUGCAGAUUUUCAGAGUUUCAUAUCAGGAAUAAUCCUUUUUAUGUCUGUUGUGUAUCCAAACAAUUUGCUACAGUAUUAACAUGCAUGUUCUCAAAGCCCGCUGUAGUUACAAUGCAGAACAAUGCAUGCCAGCCUUCUGCUUGGAAUUAUCAACAUAAAAGACUGUGGGAAGCUGGUAGUUUAGAACAAAUCAGACAACUUAUUUCAGUAACACUCAGUACCAAUCAUGUUGUUGUAUAUGCUUGUACAAACUGAUUCUCCAUAUUCCUAUA